UGUAUUAUUUGUAUUUAUGUAAUUUGUUUACAGUUAUAAUUAUUUCGAAUUAUUGUGACGUGUUUAAUUUGAAAUAAGUUUUAUUUAUAAAUAUAUUUUCUGGAAAUUAUAUAAUUAUGCAUGUAAUCACAGUACUCUAGUCUUAUCCUGAUUUUUACAUAAUACAUUGUAAACUACUCUCAAUACAUUAUCCUUUAUAGCUGAUUUAAUGCUCGCACCUCAAAUAAUGCCGGUUUACUAUGAGUGGUCCUCUUUAAAAAAACAGGGUUGCAGGAAACAAGAAUGCCCUAGAUUUGAAUUGUCUAGUCAUCCAUUAAAAAGUAAUGUAACUACUAUGAAUGAUACUACUAGUACGAGUAAAAAAAUUAUUGAAAGCCUAAACAAAUGGAGUUCUGCCUUUGUAGAAGUAGAUCCGUUGCUGCGAUUUGAACAACUCAAUACAGAAGAUGAAAUUAGUCAUAUUGAAGUAACUAAUAAAGGCCCCAAUUAUUCUAAAACAUGGAGCUCAAAACGAUCCAGAAUACUAAGUAAAUAUACAACAGGAGAAAAGUUAACAAUUAUAAGCAGUUUUCUACCUGGUGGAGAAAAAAUUAGUUCAUUUUCAGCACUUAUAAGACAAGUGUCAAAUCUCAAUGAGAAAGUUAAACAUAGACUGGAACAAUUAGAUGAUUUCGACGAAAGUUCUGUCAGAAAAACGAUGGGAUUGAGUCAACAAGAAUUUGUUGUUAAGAUUAAUAUGCUCAAUGAAGAAAUAAAGAAGGCUUGGGAUACUGAACAAAGGGUGAAAGCAUUUAAAAUUGGUAUACAGUGUUCAAAGUUACUAUCUGACGUGAAUGUUAUGCAAUUCUAUCCCAGUAAAUUUGUAUUGAUCACAGAUAUAUUGGACACGUUCGGCAAUUUAGUAUUUGAUAGACUGAAAUUUAAAAGUUAUGGAACAGUUGGAGUAAAUAAUUUACAAGACAUUGAUCCUGCAGAUGUGUCUGAGUUAGCUAAAGAGACAUGCCAAAAUUGGCUUUUUAAAAUGGCCUCUAUAAGAGAGUUGCUUCCACGUCUUUACAUGGAAAUGUCCUUAUUGAAGUGCUAUUUAUUUAUUUCAAAGAAUGAAAUAAAGCCCGCCUUGGUAAGGCUUACUAAAAUGAUUAGGGGUAUAGGAAACCCAUUGGUUGCUGCAUAUUUAAGGGUUUACCUAUGCCAUGUGGCUUCCAAAAUAUUAGGAAAAGAAAGUGAAGAAAUAUAUUAUAAUAAUUUGAAAGAAUUUUUAUGUGAUUAUCAACAGAUAUUCCAUCAAAUGAUGAAGAAGAAAUAUGAAGGACAGUUAUUAACUCUAGAUAAAUAUUUAAACCUAUAUGUGCCAGCUGUUGAUUGGUUAUUAUAUGGUACCCUUAUCGAUUCUAGUAAAUGUAAAGACACCCUCCUGGAAGAAUUACUGAGGCAGUGUGAAGAAAUUGAAAAUAAUGAACUAUUACUUUGUUGCGUUGUUUCGGCCUUUGACUCCCUGAGCAUUAUAAAGAAAUCUUUAUAUAUUUUAGAAAUGAUUGAAAAGGACACUGAUAAAAUGGUAUUAUUGAACGAAAUUCUGACGUCUUUUGGAGAACAUCUGAGCACGGCGGAGAACUACCGACACCAGUCCGCUGAAACAUUGAUUCAAACAUUUUGGAAGGUCGCAAGCAACAUGAAGUCAGCUUUUCAUUUCUUACAGGUUUUGGAACCAUGGCUUCAGUUUGCAUGUACACAUUUGUCUACACAACAUGUUAAUAUUAUAUUGAGAGGAACUAUUCGCUACAUGAUAAAAUGUGGCAGACCUGCCGAUGAGUUCUCGGCCAAUUUUCAGUUUGUCGUGAAAAGAAUGUUGAAGUCCAUUCCAGAUGUUGAAGAACUAUUUCUGAUGGAUGCAUUUAUGCCGCUAGUGGAGUUAGUACAGACGCCAAAUGCGCGCACAAUGAUGGCUAAAACUGUGUUGUCAAUGUUUUUCUCACGGUACAGUUCCGAUUGCAUUGAGGAUCCUAUUAUAAUUUCAAGCUUGAUGAGGUUGUGUACUAUAUUACACGAUUCUAUAAGUGCUGUAACAGUUGAAGAUGAGAGUAAAUUAUUUGCUGAUCUCAUCAAUAAAUACAUACAGGCCGUCAGUUAUCAAGAUGACUUCGAGCAACAGCUUAAUUUUUAUGUAGAGUCUCGAUCAGCAUUCAUCAAGCUAGAUGCGGUUCUAGUCACUUUGGUACAUGCUGUGAACGCACUGUCGGUGCGCGAUACGGGCGGUGCGGGCGCCAGUGCGGGCGGCUGGUUGCAGCGCGCGUGCGCGGCGUACUGUUUCAUUACUGUUCCGUCGUUGCACUGCGCACUCACCAAGCUGCACCUCUACCUGCUAUCGGGACAGGUCGCGCUGCUUAAUAACUGCAUCGGUCAAGCCGAGGCCAAUUUCAAAGCACUCAUUGGACUAAUACCAGACAUUCCAGACUACGUAUUGGAAGAUGGUCAGAAGAAACCAACGCAUAUUAAAGUCGCAGGGAUUCUGAGCGAUUUUUUGUCUACACUGUUGAUAUUGCCCGAUAAUUUGGAUAGCAACUGCAAAGUAUAUAUAUUGAGUGGAUUAAUAAAAACAAUUGAGAGAAUACAUUGGAAGAAAACGGAACCAUUAUAUUACUCUACCUUACUUCGUAUUCUGGAUCUACUAAGUGAAUUGAUGCAAGAAAAAUAUGCUUAUCAUUUAGAUUGUGUUCUAUCAAAUGAUGUUCUAUAUGGAUCAGAGUCGGAGUUCGUCAGUGUCAUAGAAAACUAUGCAACAAAUAUAUGCCAAGAGCUAUUAGUGGUUUUGAAAAUGCUUGGCGAUGUUAAAGAAACCAAGAAACAAUAUAAUUUAGCUUUGGAACUAUUUUGGCGAGUUAUAAGGCGAGGUGAUUUACACCAGGGACCUAUGCUGAGUUUAGGAGCUAAUUUAUGGAUGUUAUCGCAAAAACUACAGGACUCUAAUAAUAAACUCGCUAGGACUAUGCUGCUAUCAUUGGAAAAUGACAAUAGACCAGCAAGUAAACGUUUACUUCAGAAACUUGAAGAAAAUUCUAAAUCAUAAAAUUAAUUUGAUUGAUGAAUGUUAAUAUAGUAAUUAUAAAGAAAACUUUCGUUUAUGUAAAUAUAAUAAUAUAAAUAUUGUAUUUAUAA